GUCGAGGGACGGCAUAACUGUCGAGAAUUCUUCCAGCCCCUCUAGUGUUUAUAUCAGGCUAUGCAAAUACAAGGAAAAAGUUUUCUAUUUCUUGUUUAAAUUAACUUUCCCGAGAAAAAUCGCAACACUCUUUGUUAUGGCAGUGAUUAAAAGAAAAAUUCUUACCAGCCGCGAAGUCUUGUACACGAAGUGUUGCACCCGUGAUCAGUUCUUGUUUUGCCAAAAAGAUGCUUUCCAAAAUACGGAUUUUUCUCGAUAAAAUGUUCACGCGAAAAAAAGAAUUGACAAAGCAUGUUUGUAAAGAUUUUCCAAGUUAUAGCGGACGAGGGAAUGGAUAAAUAAAGUAAACUUGUCAAGUUUUUAACUCAAAAACGUUUUGAAAUUGGUGCUUGAAGAUUAGCGCGCGAAAAGCAAAACAUCUUGAUGUCACAACCCUGUUUACAUACUUUCAUGCAAACACGCCUCUCGGCUAAUCAGAGCUCGGGUACUAUCUUAGUUAUUUUAUAAAAAAAAAUGAUAUAAGGCGUUAAUGUCAGGGAUGACAGGUUUUGCUCAUUUAAGCGAUUAUAUCUUGCUGGCAAACUAUUAUAAAAUCUGCUCUAUACAUGACACACUAGAGUUUUUGACCGAUCAUUUAUUAGUAAAAUCACAGAGUGCUGUCUUCUUUUCUUUCUGCAAACUUGGACACAAAAUUACUAUUUCCCAUGUUGGUUCAACUGUGGCUUAAAGCAUCGCUGUAAAGCGCGGUCAACUAAAUAAAAAACACCCCUCCUAAACUUCCAUCAUUUCACAAUGGCUCUGUAAAAUUUUGUCUAAAUCGCUUCUAAAACGACCGAGAUGUAAGCGUUUUAAAAGAUGUGGCACAAGCAAGAUUUUACCGCAUGAAUUUAUUCAGGGAUCUGUGUCACCCGCGGCCUUAAGCAAGUUGAAAACAGUGACCUAAGCUAAUCAUGUUUACCGUCAAACCAAAACCUGUCAAUUGAGCUUCUAAUUACUGUAGGCUAAGUGUUGUUCCUGUCACCAAAUGGAUGCUCUAAAUGGGGGUCUUUCACAUAGUGUUUUUAGGAAUUGUGACUGGUAUUGUAGUACAGUAAAACCCCGUGACUAAGAGCCUGGAUUUUAAGUACCUCUUAAGCUAAAAUUUGCCAGUUUUGCCCUCUCUAUAUAAGAAUUAAUAACCUGUUAAGCCUAAAAUUUGAAACAGGUUCUUAUUUUUACUUCAGCGGAGCGCGAAGCAAAGGAUUCGCAACACUUAGGAAUGUCCCAAAGUUGCUUUUAUGGGGACAAGAUUGGGCACACAAAGUCUGUAGGUUUUCGGAUUUAUUCGGCUGUUUGACGAAGUGAGAGCCGAAUUAGUUCGAGAUCACUUCGAUCUCUUUGAUCUAUUCUUUAACUUAUUCGAGGAAGAAAGAUUAUUAUUAUCUUAGCUUGCCCGGGGUUUGAACUGACUUACCUGUGCGGCCCGUCAGAUCAGAGGAGACUCUAAGUUGAGGAAUUAGCUGAUUGCGCCACUGUGACCCAAGGUAGUUUGAAAAAUGAAAAAUAGCUAUGAAAUUAUGCACUAGUUUCGGGACAAGAUUGGACACACAAGGUCGUGACUUUUUGGCUUGUUACUUUGGCGAAGCGCGAAGUAAACAAUUCGUAGACUACGAGUAGUCCCCCAUUUUUCCUCAGGAAUAGUAGAGCGAGCGAAACGCGAGGGCGCGUGAAAAUCACCCCACGCGAGAAAAGGCGACACGCGGCAGGGAGAGAGAAAAAUGGCUCAUUUUUCUCUCUCCCCGCCGCGUGUCGCCUUUUCUCGCGUGGGGUGAUUUUCACGCGUGCUCGCGUUUCGCUCGCUUACUAUCCCUAAGGAAAAAUGGGGGACUACUUGUAGUCUAACAAUUCGCGACGGUCAGGAAUGUUUGAAAAUUGCUUCCGAAUGUCCCGAAGUUGCUUCAGAAUUAGUUGGAAUUAGUUUUACAGAAAACAUUGAAGCAAUUUGUGAUGGUAGCUUCAAAAUACGAGCGAAGAUCGAGAUACGAGAGCAAUUUUCAGUGUGUCUCUCUUCGCAAACGAGUUUGCUUAUGUCGUGUUAUAUGUCACGCGAUAUGUUUCUCCAAAGUGCGUCUCAGUUUGGCUUUUUACCGUCGAAACCUUGUCUUUUUCCCCCGAAAUCUAGCUUGGAAUUCGUUUUACACCAUGUAAAACCCAAAUUUAUUAGUUUGCCGGUUAAAUUCCCCGUCGAUAGAUCGAAGUUUCAGUUCUGUACUAUGGCCCGAAGUAAGCUUAUAAUAGUUUUCACGCGAACUGUAAUGCCAUUUUGGUGUUUUUUUUCUAAAUCCAGUGGCUGAAACAAUGCUAAAUGUGCUUUUCAAUGCUUCUUAAAAAAUAACAACACAUAAUAGGCAAAGUAGGGAAAGAACAAAGCAGGGACCUUCACUACGAUAUUCGUGGUGGGUUACCCAUCCAGUUCCUAACCCCACCCGACAGGGCUUAACUUGCGUGGCGCUACUAAAAAACCGAGUUUCGCGAGGUUUGUUGCGAGAUACGUAUUUCUAGGUUAUGUUGCGAUGUUGUACAUGAAUUAUCCUCGGUCUGGAGAUUGUGCAUUUUCAGCACGUAUUUAUAGGGGAGUGUACUGAUGUUAGUUAAUUACGUUGCUAGAGAAGGUGUGGAGUUAACUGUACAUAAGGAAAGUGUUGCUGUAGAGGAAAUAAAGGAAGUGGCACUGAGAUCUCGUCGAACGGAAUUUAUCUAUUAUAGCGGAGCUCUGGCGCGCGAAGCGCGCCUGCGGAGCACCAUGGGUAAGUAAAUGUACCCUUCCCAGAAAAUUUGGUAAUCACGUGACAGUACACCACCCGCCCGUCCGUCCUCACCACAGGAAAACCAAUGUUCAAUCUCACACUUUCUAGCUAGUCUGGGAGCACAGGAAGACUGAUAUUGCACACAUAUUGCACAUCAAUGUUGUGAUCAAUUGACAGCUGUCAGAACAGGGUAUCCGCUGACCAGUAUCACCUGACCGUAUCGCGAGCUCAGGUGUUGACCCAUCGAGGUCGAGUAUCCUUUUGAAGUUAUCCGCUGACAAGUUACUAGUUUUCAAAUGAUCGCAGGCUCAAGUUUAAUUUUUUUAAUUCAUAUGAAAUAUGUUGUUUUUAUAUGUGCCGCACAAUUAAAAUUUUGAUUUCAAACUGACCUCGGAAGCUAAAAUUCAGCCAGUUUUUACAGGCAGGGAAGACAUGCCAGUUACUUUUGACUUUUCUCACAAAGGUCACGCGUUGGUCACGCUCUACGUACAAUUUUUAUGCUCUGAUUGGUCAAAAUUUGACAGGUGAGUUCAUACAGAAAAUUUAUGCAGCAUCUUGAAACUUGUUUUCUUUGACAGCUGAAGCUGACAGAGUUUUGUGUCAACUUGUGAUGUUUUUAACUGUCUUUUUCCACUGAAUGUACAAAAUGAAAUUCAGAUGCUAUCAAGAGUCUUCUGUUAUUCAUGGCUAGUUUGUUUAUUGGGUUUUUGGUUGAAAAUACGUCGCUUGUCAAAGUCGGAAAUCCGAUUUCGGAUGGCAUUGUUUUCGUUUCUCACCUUGCUUGAUGCGUAAGAGGGUUGAAAAGUCUGAAGCGAUUCUGACCUUACUUGAUAGUUUUGAGUGCAUCUCGAAGGGUAAGCCUGAGUAAUUAUUGUAUUUGAUGUUUGUUUUUCAUAUCUAAUUUAAUGAAGUGGAGCGUAGUUUAUGGGGCUAUUUAGUUUAUGCACCUUUGUAAGUUUUGAGACAAUGAUCUGACCGAGUAUCAGGUUUGAUAUAAGCUUACAGAACUUUAAAAAGCCUUUAGAGAUUUUCUCGCCGCAAAUAGAAAGAAAACGUUCCAAAGAAUAUUUAGUCAUAAUUGUGGCUGUAAAAGAAAGCUUUGAGCGAUUUUCUUGCCUCGAGUUCAUCUUUGAAAAAAGCAAACACCGGGAAGCCGGCUUAAAACAUAAACAAGGAUUUUCAGAGAUACUUUAAUACUUGUUUUCGUGAAUGAAAAUUGUUGUCUCUGUAUAUGUUUCACGGAAUUAUUUUCCUUUUAUUGAUUGUUGCUAGUCUCUUUUGCAAUUUUAAUCGCUGUGCCGUUUGUUUUCAUUCGCUCCUGAACAUCGCUUGCAGGAGUAGUCAAAAUACACCGCGUAUCAAACGCUUUUGAAGAUUACACAUCAUUAUAAAGCCAUUAUGUUGAAGCCUAUAACUCUGUUAAUCUUAAUUUAAACAGUCGACUUUGGCGCUUGUCAAAAGUGAGAACCGGCUCGCCGUAGAGGUGAUUUUGGAAAUUUUUUCAACGGAUUCGCUAACGCGUGCUUCGAUCGUCCUGAAUAUUGAAUGAGUGCAUGCAAUUUGUAUUGGCAAAGUUGUGAAAUACAGCUGCACUGCAGUCUGUCCGAGGUCUGUCUGAUAAAAACAGCGCCUCAUGGUACUAUUUCACCUCACAUGUGAUGUAUAGAAAGUAUAAAAGUUGGUUUACACGUCCCCAGACUUGUUUGCAAGAUUUUGUAAAGUAAACUUGUCCAACGCAAGAAAUUCGGCCUGAUUUGUUUUCCAAGCAUUUGUUUUCCAGGCCUAAUGUACUGUGAUCAAGAACCAUUAUGGCUAUGCUGUUUUUUAGGUGUACAUAUAGGGCUAUCAAGUCGAUGUAAGAUUAAUUUCACUCUUAGCUUGGACUGUUUCCAAAUUAUUUUUCUCUAAAAUUACUUAGCCUUUUCCUCAAAAGUCACAUGAAUGUGCUCGAAAGUUAAGUGAUUUGUGGAAUACAGUUAUUUCAAUUUUCAGGGCCUUAAUGUUGACCGGCCAAAUCUUGACCCAACAUAUUACGUUGACUGCCUGGAAUUUUGAGCCUUGACGGUCUGGUCUUGUGGAUUAGCUGUUUUUACAUGUAACUCACUACAGUACCUAUCAACUUAAUUAAGAGCCAAAUAUUUCAUUUAUUGGAGGGAACAGUGUAGUAAAUUGUCUAUUGUAAGGCUCAGCCCUUUUAUUUUUCAAUUCCCAUGUAACAUUAUGCUCAAUAUUGCUCAAUAUGUAGGGGGUGAGGGAAAAUCCUUGCCCAGCUCACCAAUUUUAAAAUCUUAUCUUCUUAGUCAUAGAAGAACAUGAAACAACUAUAAAUUCGAAUUAGUAGGAGCUUCGCUUUUAGCCCUGGCUAAAGCUAUAUAUUAUAAUCGAAUUGGGUUACCGCCACCUGGUCAUGCAUCUAGCAGACUUCGGUGAAGAAGUUAAGACGUCUCUUACGCAAAAGGAGAAAAAUAAGGGUAUUUGUAUAGAAGGGUAUCCGGAAAAAUAUCAUUCUCACGAUUCCUCUGCGUGCACAAUCCACAACGCCGACGCCGAAGUGCACGCUCCCAUAGCGUCUUGCCUAAAAUCUGUACAAUCGGGCAAAUACGAUAUGUCGACAUUCAGAAUCCUCUUCGGAGACAUAGGUGCCUUAUCACUCCAACUUCAAUGAAAAUGCCAAUGUUGAAAUCAAAUAAAAAUAUAUUGUUAUUGAUACACUUAACUGUGGACUGUGACACGGUUCUGCGCAUAUGCGGCAUUUUGAUAUUUGGUCUGGCGAACCAGAAAUCAAAAGUUGACUUUCGGUGAAGAAAUCCUCUUCCAUCGACCUUGAGAGGCCUGAAAAAGCUAUUAUAUCACUGUAGAAGAGGUAUUUGGUCCAUUUCGAAAGUUUUAAACGACAUAUUAUGUAUUUUCACGCAAGUUAUCGAGAAAUUCGAGGUCGUUCCUGAGAAGUGCACGAAGCCGUAUUCGUUGUUGCUAGCCGUAAUCCUAAAAACGGAUGAAAUGUACAUGUAGCGUUUAAUGUGGUCAUCUGGCUUUCAUUUCUGUCUAUUAAGUUUCUCCAGUCAACGAUCUACCUUUCCCGGAUGGUUUUUAAACGGUAAAUGUAUAAAAAAAAGUUGAACAUUGGUUUCCUCGAUACAGCCGUGGACGCACCGACGAUUUAGGCUGUUCUGCGGCAUGACUUUCGAUUGUCUGCAACAAUAAUAUAUACUCCCUCGUGUGACUGGGAACAGAAGGAGAAAAACCAGCAAUAUUUUCCUGUACAGGAAGUCGUGUUAGUCCUGUGAAAAGAAUCGAUCGAACAUGAAAAGUUUUAACAGAUAUUCCAUUUAUGACUGUGGCCUGAAGUUACGCCAAACAGGCCGUGCGAUCUCCGAAGUGGUACACUUGAAAUGUUUCUUGUACCUUUGCUGUAUGAUAUAUGUUUAACAGUUGACGUUUUUGAAAUAAGUAGUUGCCUGUAUAUUAUGUUUAUUAGCUGGUUUCUUUGUGUAUUCUACUCGAUGACGUUUGUUUUGCGGAACACUGACCCGACGCAACGUGGAGGAAUUUGUUCAUUUGCCGAUAUUUUAAAAAAGCAGUUGAAAUGUAUGAUCAAUUUUGCGUUGUUCUGUUAGAAUAAUCUGUGUACUUAUUCGCUGUGUGUUUUGCUCGCCGGUCAGGCACUAUUUGCAGAUAUUUCUAAGUUUAUAUUGGGCGAACAGAGAGAUCAGCAAUAUAAGGCAGGUUUACAAAUUUUGUUUGGCGAUCAGAGAGUGGUUUAUUAGCGUGCGGGGGUACGUAAAAAAACUUCCCAAGAAAAACUCGUAGGUAUCAAAAUGUUUGUUUCAAAGCAGGACAGGGUUGUAAAUCUUAUUCUUAUCAACUGCAACACAUAUCUGGGGAAUGUUACUAAAUAAAUAUGAACAAGACGCCUAAAGUCGUUUCCGUGGGAUGCGUUGGUCUAUGGAAGCGUAAUGGCGUUCUAUCUAAAUUUAGAAAAAUUAGGGAAACCGGAAAGAUGUGUCAUGUUAUGAGCAUCGAUGAGUAGGUUACCUGUAUGGGUUGCUUUAAUGCGGUUAUGACUGAAUUUAUAGUAGCCUAUAUAGCCUAUGAAUUUAUAGUAGAAGUCAUUUUGCAUCAAAAGAAGGUUUACCCGUGUAAUUUAAAUCGGAAUGUUAACGGAAGCAAUGGAGAACAUGUGCAUAAUGCUCUCUGAUUAACCUGAACAGGAUCCAUAUGUAUAAAGAUACGUCAUAGCUUGGUAGUAAGUUGCCACAGGUAACUUUUUCAAAGAGAAAUAAACAUUGUAGUUUUAGUUUAAUGGAACAAAACAUGCGCUUGCUUUAUCCAGGGUCGAACCCAGGGUUACAAAGUUCGCUAAAGUUCCAAUGUUUUAAUCCAAGAUGAAAGUUUAAUAUUCCAAGAUGCUCUUGAUACGGUUAAAAAUUAAUUCCAAUGUGUUUCCAAGGUCUCAAAGUUAACACAGUUCCAAUGAUUAUCCCUGAUUCCAAGGUAUAAUAAGUUUACUAAGGUCCUGAUCCGUGUCCCAUCCAGAAGUCCAAUCCACGCCGAAAGAGGCGUGGGAGUGCCACAGGCAUCCCACGGAAUUAUCGAACUACGCGUUCGGAAGUACUCCAGCGUCGCGAAAGUGAAUUUGGAUUCUGUAAAUUUUCUUACGUGUAACUUAACUAACUCGUUUCUGAUUGGUUUAAAAACAAUCGGCUACCACCACAACUCACACGUGCGCAGUAUCUUGAGACAGUCCCUUUAAAUACAGUUCUUCUUUUUAUCUUCAUUACAUUCUAAUUCGCUUCGCUCAAACGAACGUAAAUCAUUUUACCCUUUAAUUCCCGCAAUACAAACAAAUCACACAAGAAAUAUGGUAGGAUGCGCGAGCGGAUCCAAAACAGUUUGUUAUAAGAUAGAUAGCGACUAAUACAGAAUGGACUGCAGAAAAUUACUAGUAUGCAGGAAUUAAUAUACGUAGAUAACACAUUACAAACCAAAAUACUUAGUUACUUGUAACCUGUUUUCAAGGCUUUCUUCAACAUACAUAUCCUUGGCAGAAUGAGAUUUCCAUCUACCAUGUAUUUUAAGAAGUCUUUCUGGAAUCGAGUUACUACUAUUACGUACCGCACAUGUAAUGCCACCGGAUCUUAAACUAUGAAGACCAUCAUCAUUGGGGUUGUGGGUAUCCCUUAAAAUAUCCCUAGAAGUAGUAUAAUACAUCUUUGCACUUCUUAGGGUAUAUAUAGCUAGAACUACUACGAUGAAAACCAAGCGAUCUAAAAAAGGGGAGAGAACUACAUAAGUCAAUACCAGAUAGAUCUACUAAAUACCUUUGUAAAAUACCAACGGGACAGUACUUAGACCUGGAUGUGCUAAUAAAGACGUAAUUCCCUUCCCUAUAAACACCUGUCUUACUGCGAGGUAUAGAGAGGUACAAAAGUUCUUAUAUAAUCGCUGUGAAAUUCAAUAUGCUUAGGAACGCCGGAUAUUGCAUAAUUCGCCGUCAUAACGAAAAAAUCCUGCGAAAGCUAAAUAAUAAAUAAUAUUAGGCUAAUUGACACACCAAUACAAUCUACACCAGUUUCAAGACCUGGUGUACUCAGAGGAUAUGGAUGUAGUCCGCGUCAAUGAAACCUGGCUAAAAGAAUCCAUAGAUAAUUCUGAGAUCCUUAAAGAUAAUUAUAUCAUUUACGGGAAAGAUCGAUCUCACAAUCGUGCCGGUGGUAGUCUAUACGCGAAAUCCCUCUACCUGAACAACUACAAGAACUAGAAGUCGUAGCGGCUUCGGUCACGACUCCCCAAGAUCGAAAGAUUUUAUUUUGUUCUUUCUACCGACCGCCGGAUCUGGAUUUGUGUUGGGUUAAUUUAUUCAAUAAUUUUCUGGACUGGGUUUGCGAGGACUUUGACAAUAUGGUAACCUGUGGCGAUUUUAAUUAUCCAAAAAUCUCAUGGGACGUCCCUGAUACCUCCAGAGGUGCCAAUGAACAAGUAUUUGUGGAGGCGUUACACGACCACUAUUUACCUCAAAUGCAACGCAAGGCCACGUGUGGCUCCAGUGUUUUAGACCUAGUUAUCACCAGUGUUCCAGACCAAACAAGCGUGUCCGAAGUCCUAGAAAUAGACAAAGCUGGUUUGUUCACGGAUCAUCGCACCGUCUUCUUCGAGUUCCACACCUUAGUUAAGGCCCAUGUCAAUACACACCGUUCUGUGUAUGAUUAUGUAAAAGGAGACUUUGACGGCCUUAGAAACGCUCUGCGUUUAGUUAAUCUUACAAGUGUGGUGGGUGAGGGCGACCUUGAAAGCUAGCUGGCAGACCUGGAAAGACUUAUUUCUUGCUACGGUGAAAGACAAUAUUCCAACCAAGCGAUUAAGAGGUCGAAACCCCGUGCCCUGGCUCACAGGUGCCGUUAUCAGUCGUAUCAAGAAUUGCACCCGUCGGAGUCACUAAAAGUCAAAUUUCAAACUCUGCGUUCACAAGUAAAGCGCGUGAUCAGAGAAAGCAGGGAUGAGUUCUUUGAGUCUGCUAACAUCGAGUUCAAGAUCAAUCCCAAACGUCUCUGGUCAGUAUUAAAAACUGGCUCAAAUUCGCGCAACAUACCACAAAGUGUCUCCAUGGCACCUGGUAACCUACGUGCAACCGUGACACCCCAGAGGAAAUCGCAGACAUUUUUAAUAACUAUUUCACUUCAGUGUUCUCUGUUCCUCAAGAGGACAAAGUAGAUAACGGCGCAGGGAAAUUCCCUGCCGCAGUACCCCCCUUUAGCGAUAUUGUGUUGCACGUCGACAAAGUUGAGGCUGUCCUAAAAUCACUAGACCCAAACAAAGCCACUGGUCCGGAUGAGAUCCCGGCUAGAAUCCUAAAGGAAACCGCCAUUACAAUUUUCCCAUCACUAUGGAAGCUGUUGAACAGGUCUCUAGGGGAAGGCUACAUACCGUCUGAGUGGAAAUUGGCAAAUGUAGUGCCUGUCUAUAAGAAGGAUGAAAAAGAUCUUGUGGAAAACUAUAGGCCGAUCUCCCUACUUUGCAUUAUUUCCAAAGUCCUCAAAGUUGUGUCUUGAACCGGAUCAAUGACCGAUUAGAAGAUCUGAUUGCAGACUGUCAGCACGGGUUUCGGAGUGGACGUUCAUGUGUCACAAAUCUACUGGAGAUCGUAGAUUACAUCGAUGCUAUUCUUGAUAGAGCUGGUCAAGUAGAUUGUGUGUAUUUAGACAUGUCCAAAGCCU